CCCUCUGCUCUCCCCUGUAGUGUAUUUUCAACCCAGCUUCGGUUGCUUUCCCCCCUCCCCUUGCGCCGCCGCCAUUAGAGCCCCGUCAGUCUGGUGUUUAGGGAUCGGAGAAAAGGAUUAAAAUGAUUUGAAGCGUCCGAAACAACGGCCGAGGGACGGGACUUUGGGGAGGGGGGGCUUUCUUGCUCCACAGUGCCAGUUUUGACGGCGCCCUCCAAAAAGUAAAUAUGCGGCUGGUGUCCAAGUGAGAGAAACCCGAGUUCGGACUGGCGAGGGUUUCUCCGACCGGAGGGGGGAAGGUCCAUUUGUUUUGGCUGCAGCGGGGGACUGGAGUAUAGCACAGCUAAGCAGAGUUUCCUGCUUGCUGUGUAAUCUCCUCGAGAGUGGGUCUGCCGAGCUGACAGUCCCCCUGAACGGCUGGAAGCCCCCUUUAGUGGCAGCGCGACGAUGACAGAGCUGGUUGCCAAGUGGGCUUGUGAAUACUGCACAUACGAGAACUGGCCGUCAGCCAUCAAGUGCACCAUGUGCCGCGCUCAAAGGCCCAGCAGGGGUGCCAUCAUUACUGAGGAGCCCUUUAAGAGUAGCCCUGCCCUGGAUGCCAGUUUGCAUCAGUGGGACCCUGCAGGCCUCAGCAACAGUCCAUCUCAGGGGGGAUCAAGCCUACUUAUUUGUCCAGACUCUAGUGCCCGACCACGUGUUCGCGUUGCUGAUGCACCUGAGACCCCUAGCAAGUGGUCGUGUCACAUGUGUACCUACCUGAACUGGCCUCGCGCCAUCCGUUGUACCCAGUGCUUGUGCCAGAGGCAGCAGUCUCAACAACAGCAGCACGGGCAGCAGCAUGCAACCCAUCAGGGUCACCGUACCCAGCAACCCCAUAGCCCCACGGAAUCACCCCAGACUUCAGGCUCUGGCUGUCGCCCCAUUCCCCCGAUCAACACUACGGACMCUUGUGAGGAAUACAAUGACCGCAACAGACUCAACACUAACGCACAGCACUGGACCUGCACGGCCUGUACUUAUGAGAACUGGGCUAAGACACUCAAAUGUGUUGUGUGUGAUCAUCCCAGACCCAACAGUCUUCUUGCUGAAUCCAUCGAGCUGGCGUCAGAACCCGAGAGCCAACGGGCAUCCUCGACAUUAAACGAGAAGGACAAGGACAACAGGAGGAGUGUUGUUGGGCAAGGAGUUGGGGUUGUGGUAGGGGGAGUGGUGGGCUGUAGCAGCAGCCAGAGGAGAUCACCUCCRUCUGAAAAGCGAGAGACUGAAGUGAACAUGGACUUUCAGAGGAUUGAACUAGCAUCUGGAGCUGGGAUUGGGAGUAAAGAGGAGCUUGAGGUGGAUUUUAAAAAAUUGAAGCAGAUUAAGAACAGGAUGAGAAGGACAGAUUGGCUUUUCCUCAAUGCAUGCGUUGGUGUUGUAGAAGGUGACCUGGCAGCUGUGGAAGCGUACAAAUCAUCUGGAGGUGACAUAGCACGACAACUAACAUCAGACGAGGUGCGGCUAUUAAACAGACCCUCAGCAUUUGAUGACGGCUUCACGCUGGUCCACCUAUCCAUCCGCUUCCAGAGACAGGACAUGCUGGCUGUGCUACUCACAGAGGUCUCCCAGCAGGCAGCCAAGUGUAUUCCAGCCAUGGUGUGUCCGGAGCUGACCGAGCAGAUCCGUCGCGAGGUAGCAGCCUCUCUUCACCAGCGCAAAGGAGACUUCACCUGCUACUUCCUCACAGACCUGGUUACCUUCACCUUGCCUGCAGACAUUGAAGACUUGCCACCAGCAGUUCAGGAAAAGCUGUUUGAUGAAGUGCUGGACCGAGACGUACAAAAAGAACUGGAGGAAGAGUCUCCCAUUAUCAACUGGUCCCUGGAGCUCGGGAGCAGAUUGGACAGUCGGCUGUAUGCACUUUGGAACCGUACAGCAGGGGACUGCCUCCUUGACUCUGUGCUUCAAGCCACCUGGGGUAUUUAUGAUAAGGACUCGGUGCUUCGCAAGACUCUCCACGACAGUUUGCACGACUGCUCUCACUGGUUUUACACACGUUGGAAGGAGUGGGAGUCGUGGUAUUCCCAGAGCUUUGGUUUGCACUUCUCCCUUCGAGAGGAACAGUGGCAGGAAGACUGGGCUUUCAUCCUGUCCCUUGCCAGCCAGCCAGGCUCAAGCUUGGAGCAGACCCACAUUUUCGUUCUUGCACACAUACUUCGGAGGCCCAUCAUCGUUUACGGAGUGAAGUAUUACAAAAGUUUCCGUGGCGAAACGCUCGGCUACACUCGUUUCCAAGGUGUGUACUUGCCCCUUUUGUGGGAGCAGAGCUUCUGCUGGAAGAGCCCCAUCGCUYUGGGAUACACUCGAGGCCACUUCUCAGCACUGGUGGCCAUGGAGAACGACGGCUUCGACAAUCGUGGCGCAGGCGCCAACCUGAACACAGACGAUGACGAGACGGUCACAUUCCUGCCACUGGUGGACAGCGAGAGGAAGCUGCUUCACAUUCACUUCCUCUCUGCACAGGAAAUGGGUAAUGAAGAACAGCAGGAGAAGCUUCUGCGGGAGUGGCUGGACUGCCUUGUGACUGAGGGCGGAGUUCUGGUGGCCCUUCAGAAAAGCUCCCGCCGCCGCAACCACCCGCUCGUCACCCAGAUGGUGGAGAAGUGGCUGGACGGCUACCGGCAGAUCCGCCCCUGCGCCUCCUUGUCCGAUGGCGAAGAGGAGGAAGACGACGAUGACGAGUGACAAAACUAAAGCAAAAUGAGAAGAUCUGCAGGGGGACUUCCUACUUUUUUUUUGUAGUUUUUCUCUGGUUAUUUUUAAUUUUUUCUUGUUUUUCCUUUCUUGACACGGACAAACUGUGAAAGCCUUCAGCAGUUGUCAGGGAACCACAAACCCCUGGCUUCUGCAUCCAAAGCCACAGAAGACACGGCUGCUCUUCUGGCCGAUACAAGCACUUGGACAUAUUUUACAAAAAAAAAACAACAACAACAAUAAUAACUUACAACACUUUACUCAGACCAUUGUGAGACUGACAAAAAAUAUUUGGUGAGGAUAAAGGUUUACAAAUGCAAAUAACCCUUUGAUUUAAGUUCCAAAUGUAAAGGAAAAAAGRUAAUCUGUAUCCAUAGAUGUAAAAUGCAUGUGGUUGUUCAAAACAAAAAAAGGUCAAGAAAAUAUACCAGCAUUUAUUUAAAAUCAACACUUUCUAUCUGUUCAGUGUGGGCACUGACAAAAGCACACUUCCAAAUUAAUCUUGAUGUUUUUCCAGUUGUAUAAGAGUUGGCUUGUUCAGCAUUUUUGUGUUUGAACAGACAGGGACAAAGCCAAUAAUUAUUAUCUUUAAAAAAACAGAUUGUGUAUUAAUAAUAAUAACAAUAAUAAUAUUAAUAAUGUAUAUCCUUAUAAUUAAGUACUGCACAUUUAUAAAAAAAACAUUUCUAAUUAAAUACAGUAUCAUUGCUUGAAAUAAAGAUAAUUUAUGAAGUUUUUAAAAGGGAGAUUUGCCCUUCACAAGUCUGAGCUACACUCACUAAGGUUUAGCACAUUAAUGUUCAGUUGGUAUAYGUUUUGCAGACUGAUUGAACUGAGAAGUGGUGCGUGCGUGUGUUUUGUUAGAAUUUAUUCUACAUAUUUAUUGUUUGAAGAUUUAGAAGUUAAUAAGAGCUUUCUGUAUAUUUUUCACUUGUGUGUGUGUGUUGUUAAUUAUUCCCUCGAUUUCAAUGAAGACUCGUUGCACAGAAACACUGUUCCUGUGAAGGGCAAACCAAUCAUGGCAGUGGAAAGUUUACUUGCAUUGUUGCAUGAGAUUUAGUACCUCAUCUGGAUGCCUAAAAUCUGGUGCUUUUUUUUUCGUUUGUUUGUUUUUUCUGGGCAAACGAGUGAGACAUUCAAUGUUUGCAUAAAAAAACUGUCUAAUUUUCAUCUCCAUCCUGUUUGUCCCUUUGUUCUUAAAAAGUAUUUGCUGUCCAGCUCACCUUUGUGGUACACGUUCAGCUUCUCUGUAAAACCUGCUGUCAACCCAUCUUUUUCAAUAAAGUUGUUGUGAAAGACUGCAACCUAUUAAACCAAAGCUGAAAGGAACAAAAAAUAAAAAAGAGAGAGAAAAUGUGUGUUAACUCCUUGUUUUUUGCUGUGAAUGUUAGCAUUUUUCCCCUUGCCAUUGCAUUCUGUAACCUUUUUUUUUUGUGUUUCAUUUGUGUCAUCCAUGUUUUGAGCAUCACCUGUAUGUUGCUUUGUAUUUAUGCAAUAGUUGCAGUUGUGACUAUGAUGAAUUUAGGCCUGACUYCACUAAACAGAGUGUAAUGCAAAGAACAGGCAAAAUAUAUAUAUAUCUAUAUAUAUAAAAAAUAAAGGAAAACCUUUUUUGAAUGUCCAGACUUAAA